AUUUCAGCCGCCAUUAUCCAUUCCAUUAUCCUAUUCACAGUUGUGCGUGUUUCUUUUAUUUUUUUUCGAAAAUAAAUUCAAUAUUUUGUGCAUUUGUAUCUAGCUUUAUAAUUGCAAAAUUAGUUCAACUCGUCCUCAAACAAGUACUUGUCGGUUUUUCGAUUCGAUUGUACCAUCAAAGAGCCUAUUUAAAGCGUAAAAAGCAGCAAAAAUCGGUGACAAUUUAGCCACGUCAUGUUGGCUGUAGACGCCUUUUAGGACCGAGUCCUUUUCGCCAAUCGAAUCCUAGACAUCUUAAAUAAUUGACAUGGUCACCAGCGAAUCACCAUAGAAAAAUAGAAGAACGAUCAGAGACAGCGCGCGCUGAAUUGAGAUUUUAAACAUUUUUACACAACACAAUGGAGGACACAUUUCCGAAAACAUUAUACGUGGGAAACUUGGAUCAUUCCGUAUCCGAAGAAUUGCUCUGUGCAUUGUUUGGCCAAAUGGGUACGGUGAAAGGAUGUAAAAUAUUUCGUGAAUCUGGCAACGAUCCGUAUGCAUUUAUUGAAUAUUCGAAUCAUGGUGCCGCCGCAACAGCAUUGACAGCGAUGAACAAACGCCUUUUCUUAGAGAAAGAAAUGAAAGUAAAUUGGGCCACAAGUCCGGGCAAUCAACCCAAAACAGAUACGAGCACCCAUCACCACAUAUUCGUCGGUGAUUUGAGUCCGGAAAUCGAAACCGAUACGUUGCGUGAAGCGUUCGCUCCAUUCGGCGAGAUCUCGAAUUGUCGCAUUGUUCGUGACUCACAGACAAUGAAAAGCAAAGGGUACGCGUUCGUGUCGUUUGUCAAGAAAGCUGAAGCAGAAAACGCAAUUCAAGCUAUGAAUGGUCAGUGGUUGGGUUCGCGAUCCAUUCGAACAAACUGGUCCACCAGAAAACCACCGCCACCGCGCGAGCAAAUCAAAGGAACGAAAAGCAAUCGACCAUCAUACGAGGAAGUGUACGAACGGAGUAGCCCAACAAAUACAACCGUCUAUUGUGGCGGCUUUCCACCGAAUGUCAUCACCGAAGACCUGAUACACAAACACUUUACAUUGUUCGGUCCCAUACAAGAUGUGAGGGUAUUCAAGGAGAAAGGUUACGCUUUCAUCAAAUUCAUGGCCAAAGAGGCAGCAACACAUGCCAUAGAACAUACAAAUAACACCGAGAUAACCGGUUAUCAGGUUAAAUGUUUUUGGGGAAAAGAGAAUGGUGGCGACAUCGGAAACUCUCAGCAAACUAUGAAUAAUGCGCUUGCCGCCCAACAGGGACCACCACAUGGAGCCCAAUAUCCAAAUUAUUCAUAUCCACAAGUGGGUUACUGGUAUCAGCCGAGUUAUCCCGCACCAGCUGCUCAAAUGCCUACCCAAUACAUGCAACCUGGUUAUCCCUAUCCGUAUGCUUACACAAAUCCUCAGCAAGGAGGAGCAGCCAGUUUCCGUAUGGUACAGCAGCCAAACGUCGCUUGGGGAGUCCAGACGGGAAUGCCAAACGGAAAUACCGGGCAGCCGCAAGUGAUGUACACGACAGCAAUGCCACAGUUUCAAACUCAAUGAAACGAACUGAAUACGUGCAACGAGAAACAUAAAAAACGUAUCAAACGAUAGGAUAUGAUAAAUGAAAGAGUAAACAAAAAAAAAAGAAUUCAAAUAAAAAUUUAACACAAGAAAAACAAAACAUGAAAAUUUACAUAGAACAAAACAACUUACUUAAGAGUCUAACCGAUGACAAACCAGAAUUUUAAAAUUUUACAAUUGAUUGUGAAUUGGCUUUGGUUAGCAAAGCGCAGGCUCUUUUUUAAGAAUUCAAAUUGAAAGUAAAAAGAAAAAAUAAAAAAAAUAAAGGAGGAAUCAGACAUUCUGACAGAAAGGUAAAUUUUUUUAAAUUAAAAAAAGAAGAGA